CAUAAUAUAAAUUAGUUAAUAGCAACAACCCAAAAAAGAAAGAAUUUAUAUCCAGGUGCAUGCUUAGGAAAAUCACAUAUAUGCAAUGAGCGCCACUGCAAGUUUGAUCAUAUGCACUUCCAUUUUAGGGUUACUCUUCUAUCUCUUCUUCCAAAAGAGGCGGCGGCUGCCCCCAGGGCCGAGGCCGUGGCCGAUCGUUGGGAACCUCCCGCAGCUGGGGGCGAAGCCCCACCAGUCGAUGGCGGCCUUGGCCCGGGUGCACGGCCCCCUCUUGCACCUCAAGAUGGGGUUCGUGCACGUGGUGGUGGCCGCCUCCGCAGGGGUGGCGGAGCAGUUCUUGAGAGUGCACGACACCAACUUCCUGAGCCGGCCGCCCAACGCCGGCGCUGAGCACGUCGCUUACAACUAUCAGGACUUGGUGUUUGCGCCAUACGGCCCGCGGUGGCGUUUGCUUCGCAAGAUUUGUGCCCUCCACCUCUUCUCCGCCAAGGCUUUGGAUGACUUCCGCCAUGUUAGAGAGGAAGAAGUGGGGAUUAUCGUUCGCACUCUAGCAGACGCAGGACAUAAGCCUGUACGGAUUAGUGAAACGGUGCACGUGUGUGCCACGAACGCAAUAGCUCGAGUGAUGUUAGGGCGGCGCGUGUUGGGACACGGAAACGGCGGCGGCGCGUGUGGAGACACCACGGCGGAAGAGUUGAAGGCGAUGGUGGAGGAAUUGAUGUCGUUGGCUGGAGUAUUCAACAUAGGCGAUUUUAUUCCACCGCUCAAGGGGUUGGACUUGCAAGGAGUGGUGGCUAAGAUGAAGAAACUUCAUCAACGCUUCGACACUUUCUUCAACAACAUCGUCGCUGAUCACAAGAUCAACGGCUCUGAUGACAUGAUUGCGGGCCACGUGGACUUACUGAGUACGUUGAUUUCUUUGAAAGAUGUUGAUAAUGGUGAGGGAGGGAAGAUCACGGACAUUGAGAUUAAGGCGUUGCUUUUGGAUUUAUUUACAGCAGGAACAGACACAACAUCUAGCACGGUAGAAUGGGCCAUAGCAGAACUCAUCCGCAAUCCAGAUAUUUUGGCCCAAGCCCAAAAGGAGCUGGACUCAGUAAUAGGCAAGGAUAGGUUGGUUAAAGAAUCCGACCUAGGCCAACUGACGUUCCUCCAAGCCGUGAUCAAGGAGAAUUUUCGCCUCCACCCUUCCACUCCGCUGUCUCUGCCCAGAAUCGCGCAAGAGAGUUGCGAGAUCAACGGCUACUUCAUCCCCAAAGAUUCCACGCUUCUCGUCAACGUUUGGGCCAUCGCUCGUGACCCGAAUGUAUGGGCCGAUCCACUCGAAUUCCGGCCCGGGCGGUUCUUGAGGGGCGGGGAGAGGCCCGAUGCGGACGUGAGAGGAAACGAUUUCGAAUUGAUGCCGUUUGGGGCUGGGCGGAGAGUUUGUGCAGGAAUGAGCUUAGGAAUACGUAUGGUGCAGUUGAUGUUUACUACUUUGAUCCAUGCAUUUGAUUUUGAAUUGGGUAAUGGGCUUUCGGCCCAAAAUUUAAGCAUGGAGGAAGCUUACGGGUUGACGUUGCAACGGGCCGAGCCGUUGGUGGUCCACCCCAGGCCCAGGCUUGCCAGCCAUGUUUAUCAAGCCCAAAUCUGAUGCACAAGCACAAGGCAAUUAAUUAAGUUUGUGCAUCAACUUGAUGUUUUAACAAAUUUUAGUGUAUGUUCUUUUCUCUUGAAUCAUGUAUUUAGAGGAUAGAUAUUUGUCUUUUACUUUUUUUUUUUCCCUACUAUCGAGUGUUUUUCUUCUUCCUUUUUUGUUUGUUUGGUAUGUUGUAUUUAUCUAAAAACUAAGAAUGAGUAUUUUGAAAAAAGUAAUAAAUAAUUUAGAAUGUAACUUUAACUAA